AUGCAGGCCUUAGACCCACUACCCUAUGGCGAAAGAUACGAAGCUAUUGCACCAGCAGUUUGUGAUAAGUUGAACGAUCAAUUCAGAUGGACGUCUUACUCGUUUAAUACCGAAAUUGACGCUUGCAGUAUUUACUGUAAGUUAGAAAACACAGAAGAUGAUGAUGCUGAUGGCAAAGACGACGACGACGAUGAUAAGAAUGAUUACAAACCAGUAUUCCUUUUGAGGUAUCCUUUCACCUUUUUGAUGGACAGGGUCAUCUGCUCAAGGAAUAAGGAGUUCUCCGUCUGUGAUUCUGGCAAGUGUAAUACAACCACUUUCUCGCCGCAAGAGAACAUCGUGGAUUUGAUGACACUCUACAGAGCCUUCUUCAUCACCGUUCCGGACCUGAACACACGGACGUCAAAUUUCUACGGAAUGAAAUGGAGAACGUGGAGCCUGAGGAAGGAUAGAUCCGUCACGUACGAAACCUUCUACAAAGCCAUCUACACCAAUCCCAAAUACAAUUCCGAGUUUAAACCAGACAUGGGAACCAGGUUUGAAAUCAAGAAUCUUCACGAAGCCGGCGAUUUCUCAAUUAGGACAAAUGUUAUAGGCGGCAUCGGUGAAGCUCAAACUUUGGCUGCCGACAACGAUGAAGACGAUUUUGCUAUUAAAGUUGUUCACUCUGGAAUUAAAGAAGUUAGUGGAAAGGAACAUUCAGUGUAUGAGAAUGAUGAAGCCGAUCAGAGUGAAGAAAACAGUGAAGGUGAAUAUGAGGAAGAGGAGGAAGAAGAGGAGUUUGCUGAAGAAGAGCAAGUAGACAAACCAGAAAGUGAACUUGUUCAGAAUGAAAAAAAAAAUGCAAAAAUUAAGCAAGAUGAAGUGAAAACUGCUGAAGCUAAGCAUAAAGAUGGCAAGCAAGAAAAAGUCGUUGUAGAAGCAGAAGAUGGUAGCAAAGAAGAACUACAUUAUGAAGAGUAUGAAGAGGAGGAGGGAGAAGAGCAGGAUGGAGAAGAAGAUGGAGAAGAAGAUGAAGAAAAGGAAAAGAAACUUGAAGUAAUCGUUGUGACCAAACCAGAAAAUUUAACUGCAGAAACUCAUGAAGACACAGAGGAAGAAGAAAUUGUGGCUAUUGAAGAAGAAACAGAAAUUAAAACAACUGAGAAAACCAAUAGCGCAAGUCAGGAAGCUGCUAGUAAAAUUGAAGUAAUCAGUGAAGAAAAAGAAAUUAUUUCAUCGUCGGAAGAAAUGGAAAAAAAUGAAGAUGAUGAAAAUGAAACACCUGAAGUGACUGCAGGAGAAAAAGAUGCCGAAAUAAAAAACAAAAUAAUUGUUGAAGCUGAAUAUGAAGAGGACGAUGAAAUAGAAACAAAAGAUGAAAUCAAAGAAAAAACGCCGAAAACAAAAGUUGAUGAAGAGUACGAGGGCGAAGAUGAAGAGGAAGAAGAUGGAGAAAUGGUGAAAAAAACGGAAGUGAAAGUCGUAGAAGAGAAACAUGAAAAAGAAGAUAAAAUUGAUGUAAAAAUAAAUGAAGAAACGCCAGAAAUAGCAAAAGAAGAAGAAGGAAAAGAAGAAGGAGAAGAAGAAGAAGAGUAUGAAAGUGAAGAUGAAAAAGAAGAAUUAGAAGAAAAAGAAGGAAAAAUUAAAGUAAUAAUUGGAGGAGGAGGAGAAGAAAUAAAAAAAAUGAAAGUAAGUGUUGAAGAAGAAAAAGUAGAAGUAAUUGUAGGAGGAAAAGAAGAAAAAGUAGAAAAAAUGGAUGUAAUAGCAGAAAAGGAAGAAGAGGAAGAAAAAAAAGAGGAAGAAGAAGAAAUGUCAGAAGUAGUAGAAGAAUCUGAAAAUAAAAUUAAGGACGAAAAAGAUGACAAAGUAGAAAUAGAAAAAGAAGCAAGAAGCGUAAAAAAGAUAAUGUCGGAAGAGAAGGAAAUUAUCGUUAAAGAUAUCAUCGAUGGUAGUGAAACAACUGACGGCGAUAUCGUAACUAGAGUGGAGAUCAAAUUUGCCGAAAGUGCUAAAAAGGAAGGCAUGGAUAAGACGGCAGACGUGAAAGAUUCAGCUGAAGAUCCGGAGGAUGAUUACGCCGAAGAGAAUGCAGCAGAAGAGGAAUACUACGACAGCGAGGAUGGCAAUAAAAAAGAUAAAACUGAUGCCGAUGACGACAACGAGAAAAAAAAUGAUGAAAAUCCAGACGAUGACGACGAGAAAUCUGCGGGAAGUGGAGAUGACAACAAGGAUGACGAAGAGGUAAAAAAGGAAGAUGAAGAUGACUACAAAGAGGAGGAAGAGGAAGAGAAAAAAGAUGAUGACAAAAAAACGGAUGAUGACGCAGCUGGAAAAACAGUAGCGGAUGACGACGAUGAGGAAGAAACUAAAAAAGAUGACGAGGAGGAUGAAGAAACUAAAAAAGAUGACGAGGAGGAUGAAGAGACUAAAAAAGAUGACGAGGAUGAUGAAGAGACUGAAAAAGAUGACGAUGACGACGAAAAAGGUGAGGAUGAAAAAACGGAUGACGACGCAGCUGGAAAACAGUUGCAGAUGAUGAUGAUGAUGAAGAAACUAAAAAGGAGGACGAGGAUGAUGAAGAGACUAAAAAAGAUGACGAUGAGGACGGAAAAGAUGAGAUUGACAAAAAUGGCUGAGGGCGCUGAUUUGGAAAAACCGGUUGUGGAUGAUAAAGAUGAUGAAGAUAAGCCUGGAGACGAUGACGAUGAUGACGAUGAUGAUAAACCUGGAGACGAUGAUAAAGAUGAUGAUUAUAAGCCUGGAAAAGACGAUGAUGAUGAUGAUGGUAAAUUUGACGAAAAAGAUUUGGAAAAACCGGUUGUGGAUGAUAAAGAUGAUGAAGAUAAGCCUGGUGACAAUGACGACGAUGAUGAUGAUAAAUCUGAUGAUGCGGAUGAAAAACCUGAUGAAGAUGACGAUGAUGAUGAAGAUGAAGAUGACAAAAAACCCGAUGACCGUAAACCAGAGGAUGACGACGACGACGACGAUGAUGGAAAAAAAGAUAAAGUUGGCCCGAAAGAAGAUGAAGAUGAUAUAACAGAUGAUGACGAUGAUGAAGAAGAUGAUAAAAAGGAAGACAAAGAGGAUGCUAAAAAGGACGAAGAUGAUGAAACUGAUGAAAUAGUUCAUCCCGAUAAAGAGAAACCUACUAAAGAAGAAGCUGGUGACGAUGACGGAGACGAAAGCGGUGGGGGUAAAACUGACGACGACGACGAUGUGACAGAAGCACCAGAUCACGACGGCGAAGAUGAAGAUGACGUCAUUACGACAACGGCUCCGAAAGUCGCAGACGACUCUUCAUCAUCAUCAUCCUCAUCAUCGUCAUCGUCAUCAUCUUCUGAUGACGAUGAUGAAGAAACUCAAAUAACGACUCAGGUCGCUACAUGUAGAACUAUGGAAGGAUACGAUGAGGAUUUAGUUGAAAUGAAAAAGCACGGACGUAACGUCGAGAGAGAGAUUUCUACAAAGUGGUUCAUUGAGGAUUGGGGUGAGUGCAUCAACAACGAGAUGUUCAGGCAGGUCCUAUGCGUGGUCACCCCCAGCGAGACAAGGACAACCAUCAGCACUUUUGAAAAAUUAUGUCCCCAACCCAAGCCUGCAACCUAUCAGAAAUGUGAUUCUUCAGCUCCGAGAGAAGAAAAGGUUGUAAGCGUGAGAGAGUUCCGCACAUCUCAUUGCGUCCAAGAUUCUUGCGCCUGGUACGAGUGGGUCUCAUCAGAUUGGUAUGGGUGUACGAACUCGUGCAACGAAAAAUUCGACUACAGAACAGUGCACUGCAGCCCGUCAAACAGCUUGAUGCACGUCGUCUCAGAGGACCACUGCAGAGGCAUCGAGAAGCCAGCCACUAAGAGGGAAUGCCAGAGAAGCGAGAUUGCCUGCGACUACGUGCCCGUCUGGUUCGCCACCGAAUGGGACAAGUGUUCGUCACAGUGUGGCAUCGGCACUCAAGUUCGUGAGGUCUUCUGCGGCAUCGUCUACCGCCACCACGGCGGCGCUGGUGUCGACAGUAUCCAAGUCUUCUACGAGGACCGAUGCGAUUCCAGCACCAAGUUACCGACGGUCCAGUACUGCAAGGUGGAAUGCAAGCCUAGAUGGGUCUACGGAAGCUUUGGAGCGGUGAGCAUGUUGAAACAUUUUCAAUAA